AUGCCCGAGCCGGCGCUGUCGCUGUCCGCGGGGGACCCCGUCCAGGCCGCGGAGGAGGAGGACGCCGAGUACGAGGAGCUCAUCCCGCCCGAGAACUUCGCCAUGAUCGAGAAGGGCCUGUACCGCAGCGGCUUCCCCAAGAAGAAGAACUUCGCGUUCCUCAAGAAAUCCCUGCGGCUAAAAUCCAUCCUCACGCUUGUGCUGGAGGAUUAUCCGCUGGCCAACUCGGAGUUCAACAAGAUGCACGGCAUCAAGCUGCUGCAGUUCGGCGUGCCUGGCAACAAAGAGCCGUUCGUGGACAUCCCCGAGGACGGCAUCGUGGCCGCGCUCAAGGCCGUGCUGGACAAGCGCAACCACCCGAUGCUCAUCCACUGCAACAAGGGCAAGCAUCGCACUGGGUGUCUUGUGGGCUCGCUGCGCAAGGUGCAGCGCUGGGCCUUUAGCUCCAUCUUCGACGAGUACAUCCGCUUCUCGGCGCCCAAGCCUCGCAUGAUGGACCAGCAGGUGCGGAUUUUGGUGUGA